CAAUUAUUUUCAAAAUCAUCGAAAAAUUUAAAGCUCAAAGAUGUCAAAUAAAUCGGCAAUAAAUCGUUUGGGCCAGAUGAGGAUCCGUUCGGCAAAGGAUCUACGAGCGAAUAAAAGGUACCGAGAGACAGUAAAUCAGAAAAAGAGAAUUAGAGAGUAAAAGAGAGAGAGAGAGUAAAAUGGUCGAUGAAUGUACGUGUGCGUACACAGACAUCCCCUGGUCCGUAGAAGUGUACGUGAGCAAGAGAGUGAGGAAGAGAGAGUUAUUUGAGAUCUCUCGGCGAUCAGUCCAGUUCUGUAGUGCUUGGCGUCUGAACCUUAGAAAGUUGGUAGACCGUGUGUUCGGGGACCGCGCAGUUACUUACGGUGACAUACGGGUGCGUACACAGCGAAAAAUUCUCGUUAACGUCCACUGGCGUCCACCAAUAAGAAGCACGAGACCUGCGGGAGCCCUAAAUAAAUAAAAGCCACGUUGGAAUCAGCCUAGAACAUCAUUUACGUAGAAAGCCGUGCCGAAUGAUAUUGACAAUAGUGAAAUCGUCGCGAACCUAACCUAAAAGCUAAGACUCGUAAUUGUAAAAAAAAAUUACAUUAAAACCAAGACUUUUAUAUAAACAAUAGUAAAGCAUCUAACCGCACUAGUUCGAUUUCCAAGAAUAUUCAAGAUCAACAACAGCUGCAUCCAGUUUAAACUUUCUCUUACAAGAAAUCGACGUUGCACUGUAAGGUCGGGUAGCCACUUGACGAGCAGGUAUAACAAAGUGGCAGUAGAAGCCAGGAGGACGGCCGUGCCGUUGACAUCGUAAAUAGACGCAGACGUCUCUCUCUUGAAUCAUUGGUAUAUCCGUUAACGUGUUUAACGGCCAACAGUGACAGUACGUAAGAUCGAAGGAAGAAGCUAAAGGAGAGAAAAAAGUCCCGAGAGACACGAAGUAGUCAGUGAUGAAAUAUCGAAGAAAAUAGAUAAAUCGCAAAGGCGUGACUGUAGGCGGUUGUCGACAAGGCUUUAGGGUACAACGUUAGUCGUCGCUACGUUGUGAAUCCGCACGAUUUUGACGAGCGUCGAUGAGUCGUCGUGUGCGAGAAAAGUGUCGUCAGGAUUACGUGACAACGGUUACGGAUAAUAACCUCUGAAAAUUCACAAGACAAAAGGACGCCAAGUUUAACCGUCAAAACGGGACGUUUAAACUACGUGCAAGCUGUAAAUUGUGGGAUUUAGUCCUCGAGCCAAGCAGGAAUAAGUUUGCAGUUUUAGUUAAUAUAAAUUACGUGAGAGUAUGUCAGGGGACACGAGUUCGGACGAAGACGGAUCGCAGGACGACGUGCCACGAUACGAAAUCGAUGAUCUGGAGAUCAUUAAGACGAUCGGUACGGGUACAUUCGGUAGAGUCGUCCUCUGCAGGCACCAAGAGAGACCAUUGGCACUGAAAGUCUUAUCUAUGGUUGAUGUCAUCAGACUUAAGCAAGUCGAGCAUGUGCGCAACGAGAUAUCCGUCUUGAAGGAAGUCAAUCAUCCUUUCAUCGUUAACAUGUUAUGGAGCAGCAGGGACGAAGCCAGGGUUUAUAUGUUGAUGGAAUUCGUCCCAGGUGGUGAACUGUUUUCUUAUCUGAGGGCAGCGGGACGAUUUACGGGACCCACCAGUUGUUUUUAUGCGGCUGAAAUUGUCUGCGCUUUGGAAUAUCUGCACAGCAGGCACAUUGUCUACAGGGAUUUGAAACCUGAGAAUCUUCUGCUGGACACACAGGGUCAUCUUAAGAUCACGGAUUUUGGUUUCUCUAAAAAGCUUACUGACAGAACGUGGACGUUGUGUGGUACCCCUGAAUAUUUGGCGCCAGAAAUAAUUCAAAGUAAAGGUCACAACAAGGCUGUUGAUUGGUGGGCUCUUGGCGUCUUGAUAUACGAAAUGCUAUCCGGAUUCCCACCUUUUUUCGAUGACAAUCCGUUUGGCAUCUACGAGAAGAUCCUUGGUGGAAGGAUAGAAUGGCCUAAGCAUAUAGAUCCGAUUGCCAAGGAUCUUGUUAAGAAGUUACUCGUCGCCGACAGAACAAAGAGGCUUGGAAACAUGAGACAAGGGGCUGAGGACGUAAAGAGACACCGUUGGUUUAAAUUAGUCGAUUGGCCACUGGUACCACAAAGGGCAUUGACUCCUCCCAUAAGGCCCAGACUUAAGGCCCCAGGUGACCCCAGCUGCUUCGACGAUUAUCCAGAAACUGAUUGGCGAUCGCAGCCACCAGUUCCUCCCGAUCAAUUAGCGCUGUUUCAAGAUUUUUGACAAGAAAUUUAAUUUCUCCCCACAAAGUUCACAAGGACGCGUGACACUGAUUUUUAUGCUUAAUGCACACGAGUACAAUCGCGGCCGUAUACGAAUAAUAAUUAUUUAUUAAUAGCUUUACGUAAUUUAUAAUUAUAAACUGACGAUCUGAAAGUCUGUAUGCUUUGGUGAAAGCAAUUCGAUCUUUUUUUCAUUAAUUUGUUGUCGAUCGACAGUAGUAUUUUGCUCUAUCUGAAUUCGUUAUUGUUUCAUUGAUAAUGUUACGAAUUGCUUACACAAAAAAAUGUCGAACAAUAUAAAAAAUGUCUUAUCACGCCUAUAGACUUUUGAUCUGUCAGUAUAGAAUUGUUCCAAGCUGAUUGGCUAGUUUUUACGUUUUCUUAUUGUUUUGUAAAUAAGCGCCUGGAGUUGCUCUUAUUAUACAUUAUUUAUUUUUACACCAAGUACUACUCAAUGUAUACAGUAGUAUUGUACAUAAAAAGUCGCCAUAACGGGUCUUUGUGAAUUGAUCUAUAGGUAAAAGAAUUAGGUGAAACAUAUAGAUUUAUUCACAAAGAACUGAAAAGAAAUGGACUGCUUAAUGAAGAAAAAAAAACGUCAAAAUCUAUUGUGAUGCAAAAAUUAUAAUGCUUUAUAGUCAAAGA